GCAUGCGCGUGAGCACCCCGACUACAGCGUCUGCUUUGUUGAAAGCGUCGCUGGUGCUCGGGACUUUGGAGUUCCUCCGUUUUUUUUUUGAUUAAAAAAACAUAAUGUAGUAGAUUAGGACGAUAGCUACACAUUCCACAUCCUGCUUGUGAUUAUUUAUUUUGUUUGGAGGGGCUCGUUUUGACUGGCGACAAAAGAGGCGAGAAGCUCCUGUAUAUAAACAAAAGGCAGCGCGAGCUGCUUUUAAGGUGGCACGUCAUCGGCUACAGCUGGACCAACAACAACAACAAGAGCGAGCGCAGGCUCCUGGGCCUGCUCGGUGUCCCGGACAUGGAAGUCUUCCCUCGGCCUCGUCGGGAGUGAAACUCCUCAAAACGAGCGAACAUGAGCGAGGAGGGUCGUUCGUCGUCCGGACGGCAGCUAGUGGCCAGUGAAAGACGGGGCGACUGUCCCUGCCGCUGCCCCCGCUUGACCGAGGAGAGAGGCGAGCUUGCUAGCGAGAAGGGCGACCGCAGGCCCCCCGGUUCUCUUCCCCGGUCCAAAUAGUGCCGACGCCGACCGAGGUGCAUCAUGGAGACGGUGGGUAGGUUCGAGUUCAGCCGGAAGGACCUGAUAGGACACGGCGCUUUUGCGGUCGUCUUUAAAGGCAGAAACAGAGAGAAACAUGAUUGGGAGGUGGCAGUAAAAUGUAUCAACAAGAAGAAUCUGGCCAAGUCUCAGACACUGCUGGGAAAGGAGAUCAAAAUACUCAAGGAACUCAAGCAUGAGAACAUUGUAGCUUUGCUGGACUUUCAGGAAACUGCAAGCUCAGUGUACCUAGUGAUGGAGUACUGUAACGGCGGUGACCUUGCCGACUACCUACACUCAAAAGGCACGCUGAGCGAAGACACCAUUCGCGUUUUCUUGCAGCAGAUUGCGGGUGCCAUGAGGAUCCUGCAGGCUAAAGGCAUCAUCCAUCGGGAUCUCAAACCCCAGAACAUUCUGCUCUCGUACCCACAAGGACGGAAAUCCCACUCCAACAACACCUGCAUCAAAAUUGCGGACUUUGGUUUUGCCAGGUACCUCCAGAACAACAUGAUGGCAGCAACUCUUUGCGGGUCACCUAUGUACAUGGCACCUGAGGUCAUUAUGUCCCAAAACUAUGAUGCCAAGGCUGACUUGUGGAGCAUCGGGACCAUCGUGUUCCAGUGCCUGACUGGGAAAGCUCCUUUCCAGGCCAGCAGCCCCCAGGAUCUUAGAAUGUUUUAUGAGAAAAACAAGAAUCUCAGCCCCAACAUUCCCAGAGAGACUUCCAGCCAUUUGAGGCAUCUCCUACGGGGCCUCCUGCAGCGCAAUCACAAAGACCGUAUGGAGUUUGAUGAGUUUUUUGCUCAUCCCUUCUUGGAAGCCACAAGUUCGUCCAUAAAAAAGACAACUCCAACGGUAACAAUGACCUGCUUUCCCAGUUCCGCCUCAGCCAGCUCUUGCAGCAGCUCCUCCACCUCGCACCUGGCCUCUCCACCGCAAUCUCUCGGCGAUGCGCAACAUUUGCGUGCCAAAGCGCUGGCCUCCCCCACCCAGGAGGCCACCGGGUUUCUCCUCAAAGAUUCAUCCGGAGGAGGCGGCAGCAGCAAAAACUCCUCCUCCUGUGACACGGACGACUUUGUCAUUGUGCCCGCUCACUUCAACCCGGCUGAGCUGACGAGUGAGAGUAAAAUGCUGCAGGACAGUCUAAUGAACAGUGGCUCUCUCCUGAUUUCUGCCGGUUUGUGCGGCCAAGCCAAAUCGCCUCCACAUUCGCCCUCCUACAGUGGCUCCCCCAGUCGUGUCAGGCCCAGUGAGUCCUCAGGGUGUAACUAUGCAGGCCCCGGGGGCAACCACGGUCACUCCCUGCCCAUCCCAGUUCCCACUCAGGUGCACAACUACCAGCGUUUGGAGCAGCAAUUUUAUACAACAAAACAAGAUGGCUCGCCCCGGCUCUCCACUCCGGUACACCGUUGCAGCAGUGGAAGUCCAUUGGGCUUUGCGAGGACUGGGCCUUCUCCACCUUACGGAACAGUGGCCACCACCCGAAGGCUCUCACUGGGAGGAGCGAGACCGUUUCAGUAUUCCCCUCAAGGGGCUCAGCAUGCUGAAUCCAGGCCAACUGCUCAGAAGCACUCCCCUGUUGCCACGGGAUUGGGGACACGGCUCCACAGUGCCCCCUGUCUCUUGGAAUGUACCACUGGCGGUGGCAGACAAAAGAUCAGAAAACAGCACUCAGAUCCAGUAGUGGUCCCCACGGCAGGCCUAAUGACUGUUCGUCCGCUGCAUUCUUCCCCCCGCCUAAGUGAUCUGAUGCAGCGAACCCCACUGCCCACCAUCUUGGGCUCCCCCUCUAGGGCUAUGCCUCCAUUUGAAUUCCCCAAACCCCCCAGCUCUCCAAACCUUGUCAACUUCCUGACACAGCAGGGAUUGGUGGUAGGCUCUCCCAACAGCAGGACUGUGCAAAUGGAGCCCAGAGACGCUGGACAGCCAGCGCCCACAUCAUGCCCUCAGCCUUCACACUGCAUCCACAGGAUGAAUGAGGAUACCAGGGGAUUUGGAAGAUCUCAGAGCGCCGGCCUCCUGUCCGACAUGUUGCUGAUGGCAGCCUUCGGAACAGGCGGCCCAGUGAGUGACCGAGGCAGUACAGAAAACCUGGUCUGUGAGAAAGCUAUAGACAUAGCAGGGCCCUCAGGUGCCAUUCUAUGUCCUGCACCGGGGUCGUGCAGUCCAGCACAGGUGGUCUUCACCAUCGGCUCCCCUCCUAGUAGCAGCACCCCGCCUCAAGCCUGCAGGCAGAGGAAAUACUCAGGCUCAUUUGCGUCAGUCAGUCCUGCAGGCUCCUUCACCAGCCGCUAUCCCCAGACAGCCACCUACGGCGACGGCUUUGAGCCAUCUUCCAGCCCUCGUUACAAUUUCUUUGAUCCCAUCACGGCCAACAUGGGCGGACGUAUAACCUUCGAGGCCCCCGAGCUGCCUGAAGAGACCCUGAUGGAGCAGGAGCACACAGACACCGUGCAGAGCCUGCGCUUCACGCUGGAUUUCGCUUGCUGUCUAAUGGAAGUGGCCGGGGCCCGUGGCAUCACAUUGAUGGGGGUCCCGUUUGAUGCUGCUCACCCCCACUCCUUGCAGCAGCAGAGUCUUGUGGCAGAUCAGAUAAGCUCCCUGAGCCGCGAAUGGAGCCACGCGGAACAACUGGUUCUGUAUCUUAAGACUGCAGAACUCUUGUCUACUGCCAUACAAACGGCCAUGGAGCGAGUGAAACAGGGCAAACUUUACCCGUCGUCUACAGUCAAACAAGUUGUGAGGAGGCUGAAUGACUUGUACAAGUCCAGUGUGGCAUCCUGUCGCUCUCUCAGCACUCGACUGGAGCGCUUCUUUUCCAAGAAACACAGACUGAUGGACAAAAUCACCUCCAUUACGGCUGAAAGGCUACUCUUCAGUCACACCGUGCAGAUGGUUCAGUCUGCUGCUCUAGAUGAGAUGUUCCACCAGGGGGAGGCAUCGAUCCAUCGCUACCACAAAGCUCUCCUGCUGAUGGAGGGCCUCACAAUGCUUCUCACUGAACAGGAAGACAUUCUCAGCGUUAGCAAAUGUAAAGAAUGUAUCGAGCGGCGCCUCACAGCCUUGCAGUCCGGGCUCUGUGUUUGAGAGCCCCACCGCGAUGUCACCCAUCGGCUCAUUACCGACGAACUUCAUCUCAGCGCCUCACAUCUCGCCAUGCGUCGCAUUCACAAGACCCCUCAAAAGUUACAUCUCGAACUUCAGACAGCAAAGUCUCUUUCACUGCACCCGGAACUGAUGGUGGACGUGAUGCACCUCAACUGCAUCCCGACCUACGUGAGAGAACGUGCGACCGAGUUUAAGAUGUCCCCACAGCAGCCCCGUUUGGGGCAACAUGCAGAAGCAGUUAUGGCCAAGCAGUCAUACCUGUACGUAGACCCACCCACGCCCAGUACUCAUCAUGACACACAUUUUGAAGAUGGACCAGUCCCUGUGCAGCGGACAACUUAACAAAACCGUGCGUGGUUCAUCUUUAUGGAGGUACAGUAGACAUGUUGAAGAAAGCUGGAAGUAGUCAACCAUCAUUCUCAUUGUAUUAUGUGUGUUCACAUUAUACCACUUUUGUGCGUUUGCUUCAAACCAGUUAAUCACUUGCUUGCGACAGUGUACAUAACAUUGCUACAACCGGAGAAGAAUUUCUCCCGUGAUGACCUGAAGCCUUUUUAUAAUAUGUUUGAUUUUCGCUCCCUCCACUGUAAGGAGUUUGGUUUGACACUUUAUGGACUCGCUUUUAAUAAGGAACGCGGCAAGCGAGGCAGCAGAUGUGUUGCUUUCCAACACCGCAUCGAGCGGGUCCAAAAUGGCGGCGGAGGCGCCGCCAGCACCGCUGACGGUUAUCGCGCUAACUCCGCCCCGCUAACCUAACGAUGUUUGUCUUGUGUACAGUCCUUCAUCAUCCCCUCGCUUUAUUCUGUAUUUUGUUUUUGCAGCAUUAUAUCUUAUCAAUCAUGAAUCAUGGCGGUGUUACGCAAGUAUAAUCAAAAAUGCGAAUGUAUAAGACCGGAGAGAAGCCGCGUCAACAUCACUCAAUGUUGGGCUGCUCGGCGGCACGCGCCUGAAUGUUUUUGCACUGUUGGAGUACUGUACAGAGUGGAACAUGCCACACGUCAAGUAUUUUGUUUGUUUGAUAUGCUUUGACUGAUGAGCUCAUUUCUAUUUCUGCUGCCACGCUACAUACGUAGUGUAGUUGUGUCAUAGUUGUGUGUUAGGUGUGAGAGUUUUCAUUAACAGAGGGAUGCUGUGAACAUUAGUCUUUUAAAAAAUACAGAAAAAGCUUUACAGUGAGGAAGGUUUUUAAAAAAUAUAUAUUUUGCUUCAGAGUAGUCAGUAGGUGACAAUUCUGUCUUCAUUUUGAAACGUGCUGAUUUGGAGUGAUAUUGUUAAAUAUUUGGUCUGAAUUAUUAUUUUGUGUUAUUGAGCUUGAGACAUAACCCUGAAUCCCAAACUUUUAACAAUUCUCCUCAGUUGUGGCCCAGCGGAGAUUGUCUGCGUGUUGCCUGCGUUCCAAGGUGUACAGUGUUGUGUGCAUGCUUGCAUGUGUGGAAAGCCUUGCUUGAGAUUUAUGACUGACAACUGGGGAGAAAAACAAAUAACUAUUAAUUAUGACUCCGACACAAUCUCACUUAUCCUGAUGAAAUGGAAAGAUCCGCUGAAAAGGUUCCCUCUUAUUACGAAGGAGUAGGGCCACUCCCCCCC